GUGAGUUGAUUAUCGAGCAAUGGUGGUAUUAUGACCUCAAGGGUUUGAUACAAAAUCAGUGCAUUAAUUAUUGUGUUGUUUUUCUUCAAAAUCUACUGAAUUAUAUUGCUAAAUGAAACAUCACGCUUCGAAUUUGAUGUUAUGCAACAAACUGUGAUGGCCUGCAGAGGCCUAGUGUGAUUUUCAGCGUAUGUUUUUACUCCAUGGAGUAUACUUUUAGACAUAAGCGGUAGCGAAGAACUGCUUCACUAGUUUUAUAUGCGACACUGAAAGGGAAAACCGCCACAAUGUUGUACAUUUUCCACGUGGACGCUGGUCAGAUGACCAUGUAUGAUAUGAAUCUCACACUACAAAGCGUGGCCAGUCUGAAAGCUGCAAUAGAAAAGAGGACCAAGAUCCCAGCAAACUUAUUGGUUCUGCUAGUGAGUGGGGGUGAGGUCUUGCAGUCAGACCACAUGGUAUCUUCGUACAGUGCUGGCACUGACACCAAUCCUAUCUACAUGUUUAGCAAGCCUUCAGUCAAGGAAAGUCACAUUAAACAGUCAAUAUGCAGCGACUUAAGCCCGAUACCAGAGUUAGAGCCGGAGUUCCGUGGCGAUGGGCGCACUACAUACGAGGGCAAGUCGAUCGCAGACCUGGCGUCUCUCGUGGAGAACUGCCGCUCCAAGGGCCCAACUGUCCACACGGUGAUGGCGUGCACUCAACUUGCGGAACAGUUCAGCGACUUGGCACAUGAAGUCUCCAGAAGCUGUGAGCAGCUGGUUCAUGAACAGCAUUUGCAGCAUCAGGGUUGGGCAGCUGUUGUGGCAAAUUUAGAAGACAUAUUCAAUGAGUUCUGCGAGAGGUCUAGAAAUUUCAAGGAGUCAUUCAGAAAACACCGGCUAAAAAAGGACGAGUAUCACGAGAAAUUGAAUGCGCUCAACGAAGUGUUAGAAUCGCUAGGCAAGAUUCCCAUACUACCCGCACUACAGUUGAACGCUGAAGCGCACAGGUUCUCGGCGUUUGACGUGUUCGAAGAGACAGACUUUGAGGGUCACCCAUACCGAGUCAGCCAUCCCCUGGACAACAGUUCGGAGACCAAAACCUGCCAGGACUUUGGCGUGGAAGCCCUGAAGUUGUCUGAGGAAGAAGUAUUCGAAAACAAAGAUGCAUCGUCAUGUAAAGACGUCGUACACUCUUCAGAGUCUGAGCAGCAAAUCGAAGAGUCGGACGAAGGCGUCACCUUCCAAGCCCAUCUGUACGAGAAAGACGACCCUACGCUACUCCACUGGAUACUGGCCCAGGGGAACAAGGCAUCCCUACAGGAUAUCCUGGACUACUGUCAGAAAGGACUGGCUCUGAUCGACGUAGAACCUCUCAAGGAACACGAGGACCAGUUGUGCCACAUCCUUCAGUACGCGAAUGACCACGGCCUCAAACAAAUCCGAGGCAUCGAGGACAGACUGUUCGGUCUCGACCAGAUCCUCAGCGAGGUCAAGAAACUGGAGCGAGACCAACACGACCAGGCCGCUUCUUUGAUACAGUACCGCGACCGCCUAAAUUCGGCGCUGGAUCCGUCAGUGCUGCCAACACUAGUGCAGUCCCACAUCUGCCAACUUGAGAAGCUUCUGAAGGGCCACCAGACGCUGGUAGACCGACGGCGGCGCAUCGCCAAGUCGAAGGAGGAGCUCUCGCAAGUCUUGCGGGCGAGAUUAGAGGCGGUGCUGAAGAUCGAGAACUCUAUGUCGGUGCAGGACGCGCACGCGAUGCUCUCGUUCCAGUGCUUCAACCGCCUGGAGCGGUACUUCGGCAUCGUCGCGCAGUUGCAUCAAGCGCCCGCGGUGUUCGUACGCGCUGUGCAUGAAGUCGCUAGGAGGCGGACCUUCUCGGAGGCGCAUAUAUUGUGGGCAGCAGACCUCGCAGCCAAGCUCUUAAAAAUCCACGACGAGGAGGUCACUCGUCGUCAAGAGUUCAACUCCCUCUUUGACGGACACUUCCUCAAAAGCCUCUUCCCUGGGAUGACGGAUUUACCGCCAAUAUUCGCGACCCAAGUGCCUCCGGAAUUCGACGCGCGACUUCCGAAACUGUCGGACGAAGACGUGGAGUAUAUCGCAACCUCUUUCCCGAAUCUGGCCAAGGAUGUGCCUAUUUCUGACAUGGAGUCUGUGGUCAGAUUCUUCAGGCAAAGGUUAAACGCUUCAGAGCAUGAAGAAAAAGAAGCUUACGUACAAGUGGACCUUGAUAAAGAUGUAGAAGACGAAAACGAGACGGGCGAGUUCGAGCGACUGAGUGGGCAGUCUUCCCAGCAGAGGAUGCGUCACGAUACCGCCACCAGCUGCGAGAUAGAGACAGCUGCUGCGGCCACGAUUACUGAUGACAACAUGGACACGCAUAAAAUUAAUAUAGACAAACUACAGGAGUUCCUUGUAAAACUGUGUACAUUAUGUAGAGCGAACAUGGUAUUUAUUAAGGAGGAAUUAGCCAAACUAAAAACAGACGCGGAUGAACAGAAGAACUUUAUUAAAAGUUGGUACUUAGAAAUAGUUCAAGCUUGGGAGAAAAGCAAUCAAGAAAUUGCUCUUCGUCAUCGCGAACAAACACAAAGGCUGACUGUAGACCACGAAUUGGAAUUAAGCGAUAUGAAAGCAACACUCACACAAAAAGACGAAGCAAUAGAAAAUCAAAAGAAAGAGAUGGAAGAUCUAAAAUUAGAACACCAGAAAGAAAUAGAAAAGUUAAACAACGAACACCAAAGUACAAAAGACUUGCUAGAGAAGACCCGGCAGGAGGUAGCCGGCUUCGAAAAGAAAUUGGAAGAAAUAGAGGUUCAGAAACAGAAAGAUAUAAAAGAGAUGCAGGAGAAGAUGCACAUGGAUUAUAAGGCUGAAAUAGAAUCAAUGCGAUCAAGGUUCCGUCUAGUAGCACUCACAAACAUGGACCGAUCGCCAUCCGAGUCUAGUUUAGAGAAGAUCGAGCGAACCGAUGUCAUUGAGAUAUCGAGCCACAACGCGAUAGUCAUGCAGACGAAAGAAAACGCAGAAGUUGAGAAAGAGGAGGCUGUGAAAGAUGCUGUGACGAAGGCCGAGGCCGAAUGGAAGGCCAAGAUGGAGGCCGAGCUCGCCUCUGUCAAGGCUAAGCUAGAAACUGAAAAGCAGACAACGAUAAAUGAAGUGACACGACGUCUGCUGUCUGAGAAGAAUCGUCAGCUUGAUGCGCUUCGGGACCGCGAGCAAGCGUUAGCGCGGGAGUGCAGCAAGUACCGCGACACUAUACAGCAGCUGACCGACCCCGAGACCAAUGACUACGACGCCCUGCUCAAGACUCAGGUCAGUUACACUGUCAAGUGGAGUCGUCAGCUCGAGACGCUUCGGGACCGCGAGCAAGCGUUAGCGCGGGAGUGCAGCAAGUACCGCGACACUAUACAGCAGCUGACCGACCCCGAGACCAAUGACUACGACGCCCUGCUCAAGACUCAGUUUGCAACACUGGAGAACGAAAAGGCAGUGUUGCAACAACAAGUCCAGGACCUGAAGAAGGAAUUGGAGAAGAAAGCAGACGACGCUGAAAAGAGCAGGGAUGACGAUAGCGAUGGCAGGUCGUCACCAAAAGAGAAGGAAGGCAAGCGGUCUCGCUCGCGCUGCCACACGCCCUACGGCUUGUCAGCGGGCACGCUAAGCCUGUCAUCGUGCUUACCCGGGCACACAGUUCUCGUGCUAUGGGAUCCAUCACAUCUUAACUACACAGUAUUGCAGGAAGCGCCAAUAAUGUACUUUGUGCAUAGCGAUUGCUUGCCUGCGCUAGACCUCAGUAUACAAGCGAAGAACGAAAGCGAACGUCGUCUUUACGCUAUCGCCACAGUCGACUCUAAGGAGUACUGUUAUGCUAAGAAGAGCGGCAACCGUUUCGGAAUGCCGCGUGGCUCGCGUUUCUACCGCGUGCGAGUGCGGCCGCCACGCACUGCGCCUAUUGCACAGCCGCCGUGCUGCGAUCACCGCCACAAGCCCGUUGCAGAUGCCAUGCGCGGAAGCGUGCUCGCCGUGUUGGGCGAGCAACGGCCGGUUAAGAAAUGGCUGACCUACAUGCAUGCCCCAGACAUCCAAAAGUCGGUCGAUACAAGUCAGUCGACCAGUUCGAACACUGACGAAGCGAGUCGCGUGGGUGAGGUGGCUACGGCGACUCUGAUCAACCUGGAUUCGCCGGUGUCGACCAGCGAGCCGGCUUCCAGUGGGAGUGCUAAUGUGCCCGGGGAAGACCAAUUGGAUUCGAUUGAAGCCAGUGAGCAGUGGCAGACCUCCAAAAUGCAGCUGUCAACUGUCAGCGCAGUAACCGACAUGGAAUGCAGCGUGGGCCGCGUAGUACCAGAACCCCUGGAACUCACCGUAUCAGCAGUCUCCGUAGUGUCGCGUGGAGGUGGUCUUCAAGGCUCCGAGCUGGCCGAAGAGGCCACGCCUUGACACGGUGACCCCUCCCCCGGGGGGUCAAAGGAACCCCUCAUUUAGGGGCCCCGGUCGAAGCCUCUCACAGACAGGUAGCGAAGGAAAUAUAUCCUGAUACUUGUAUAUGGCCGGUGGCCUUAUUACUUCUCCCCUUAAUUACUAAAAAUGACAGUCAAAUUGUUACGUGAUUAUCACACAUUUGAAACGGUGAUAUAAGACUAAUAUACUUUUUAUGAAUAAGGGGUCUAGUAUUAUAAUAAUUAAGUAUUGCAAAUAAAAGAGGGAAUGAAAUAGAAAUCUGUGCACAAGGCAACACUUCACAUUUAUUGAUAUAGCAACACCAGUCUAGGCCAAUCUGUGAGAGGAUAUUUUUAUGUCUUACAAAAGACGUAUUCGUUAUUCGUUCGUCUUAAUUUUUACAAGGGAUCGACGUCAUAUUGAAAUAGAGCCAUUCCGUGUUAUUUGCUUUAAACAACAAAUUAAUAAUGCUGAUGUCUAUUAAAUGAUUUUAAAGGUUAUGUAGGAUAAGAACGAUUGUAAUACCCGAUCGCAGUAAAUAAUACGGGAUAGCUAUAAUAUUAUAUCUUAUUACAUUUGCCUGAUUAUAACAGAGUAAAUUAUUAAAAUCAAUUAUAACGCGUGACUUAUAUUGUAAUAGCCCUUGAGAAAGGAUAUACCUUGUUUGGUGUGUAAAGGGCGAAGAAAUAAUUUUAUUUAGAUCUCCUUUGGGAGCCUUUGGAUAGAUCCACCCCAUCACUUUUAUAAGGAUCACAAAAUAUAUGAUAUUGUUUAAUUAUAGUGUUAGGGUAUUUGUUUUUUAUAUCAAAUACACAUUACAAGCAUUAUAGCUUUACUAAUGUCUUACUAUAUUAUUUUAUUUUUAAAUGCACGGACCCGUUGAGAAGUUUUUACCUUACAAUUUCUUUUAUAUAACUCAAAUACCCUAUGAUAGGUACAUAUCGGUCAAAUAACGAGUAUAUUUACUUUAUUAUAUCGCAUACGAUUUGUAUGAGUAAAUUAUUUUUUACUUUCCGAGCAUUAUUCCACCUAUUCGAUGUCUUCCAGGCUUUACAUUUAUACAUGAUGUAUUUCAAAAUUUAAAAAGUUUUGCUUGCUCGGAAUCGGGUAUAAUGUUCCUUGCCCUUCAGUAUCCGACAAAAAAUACAUUUGACUUAUAAAAAGUAGAAAUGGCCAAAAAAGCUUAAGAUAUUUCGAUUCUGUCUUUCUCUUUCAUCACGUCAUUCAUGUAAUCUAAAAAGAAAAAUGUGUUUAUGAGGUUGAACUCAUAGUUAGUGUACUAUUUUUGGCGGGUACUGUUUAAAUGCUUGUUUCAUGAAGUUUAUUUACAUCAAUAUUCAUGAUAACAACAAAAACUUAAACCCAAAAGAACUCUUCAUUUAGAUGUUAUACUUGAUCUUUAUGAUGUUAGUUUUCGAGAAGUCGCCGUGACUUCGCUUCGAUAUUUCGAUUGGACAGUGAUUUUUCUCUAUAGUACAAAUUAUUUAGUCGUCUUAAAAGCUUUAUAGGAAUUAUAUUUUGAUCUAUUUCAUAUUUAUUAUUAUUUCUAUACAGUAGUUGUGUUGUGUUAUAUUUUAGUUGGUCUUAAUGAUUUAUUUCAACAGAUUUAGCGUUACAUUUUAUAAUAUUAUAAUUUCACCUAUAAAGCAUUGGUGAUAUAAUUUAGACAAGCACAAAAUUGAUUGCAUGAGAGAAUAAAUUAUAAGUUAGCUUCGUCCGUAACUUCAGGAGAAGUAUAAUAAUAGCAGGAGUUUAUAGUUGUAGGUGAAAUACAGGACUCGUGAGUAAUUUAAAUACAGGAUGGGAGAAAUAGAUUGUCAACAACAACAACAAGAAUACUGUAAUAAAUGAAGAAAAAAUAUGUAUAAAACGCAUAAUUUAUAGUGACAACGAAUUCGAGAUGAUGGCUUUGAUUUUUUUAAUAAGUUUUCUUCUCUGCCCCCUGUAUUAAAUAAGGUAUCGUAUCUGGAGGGUGAAAGACAUUUCGUCAAUUAAAGUUAAAGUAUUAAAAGAACGAGUUACAAUUCACGGGUCCUGUAUUUGGCCUUUGCAAUAGGAUGUGUUUAGACAUUUAACACGUGCUUGGCAAUAACUGGGCGUGGUUAAAAACAGCACUCUAUGACGAAUCCAAUCGACUUUGAAAUGUAUCGUUUUAUGAUUCAAAUUCAAUUGAGGGAAUCCACCGUUUUAUAUGUUGUGAUCAUUGUAAAGAAGCACAACGUUUGAAAUAUUGUCUAUAAUAUUUAGAGAGUGCAUGUGCACAGUGCAAGUGACAUUCAGUUUUGUAGUGCGUUUUUUUCCACGCGCCUACUUAUUAUCGAGUUCGAUACCCAAUGCGGCUGUAGAGUCGCAUGCUUAAUGUUUCCCUACCUACCUAUAAGUCUACUAUCUUGAUACCUAAGUCAUAGUGAUUAUUUAGUGGAACUCCAGUUCUUCGUCUUAGGAAUUUCUCUUUAGGCUUCAGCAAUGAUAACGCUUAACACUCGAUCUCGAUUUAAUAACUCGACGAAUCCCUUUACUCCUAAAGAUUUGACACUAGCUAAUAGUAUUAGUGCUCUUCAUAGAUCUUUUGAUGAUAUCCAACUUUCCUCAGAAUUAGAAUUUAACGUGUCCCAAUCUAAGUAUUCUAACAUCAAUUAAAAUAGAAAGUAUUGAAACAGUUGUGAUUAGAACUGAUAGCACACCCAUUUGCGUCCGGUAAAUCGUUAGCGUUUCAGACUAAUUGGUAGACACGUCUGUCGAAGCGCAAAUUGAUGUUGUGUUAAUUAAGACAUGAGAGCAUCGCUUGGUGUGAAAUUUUUUUGUGGCCUUAUUAUAAGUGGCGCCCAACGUGGGGCUACCAGUGCCACCGACCUCGUUUCUGCGGAACCCGAGUGUAAAGAAAUAAGGUUAGUGGCACCGUACUCGGCGACCCGCCGACUGCUGUGAUAGUGCGUGCUGUGCUCUCCUCGACUCCCAACGAAUAGUUUUGUAAGUACAAAACUUAUAAAAGCAAACUAAUUUUAAUUAAUAUUAGGGCCUAUUGUUAAGAACGUAAUUCACAUGUUACACUAAAACUAAGUCUUGUUUUGUACUGAUAAAACUGUUCGUCGUAUUCGGCUCAAGCGGUAUUCGGCGAUCGAAGUUUUUUCGUGAAUUCGAUAUUGAUUUUCGUUGUCAUAGUUAGGAUUUCAGGUUAUAGAGUAAGUGUGGUGGGAUGGCUUGCUGGAGCUUGAUUAUGGCUUAAUCUGGGGGUGGGGAUAAAUUUUAAUGGAUCCUGUUAACCUGACUAUGGCGACUCGCAAUCAAUAUUGACACUCGAUCAGUCGAAUGAGUGGGAAAACCUCGGACACGAGCGAUCGUUGCGACUCGUGUCUCGGCGGAGGUUAGCCACUACUGAAAGAUUCGUGUAUUGUUAAUGUAAAUAUAGUUGUCGAUGAGCUAAUAAUGAUCUUUAACAUAGCAGCCGAAUUUGUUUCAAUCAUAGUGAUAUGAUGAACUUUAUGUAUUAUGCCAUUCGUGAAGGAGCUGACGUGUAGGGUAACAGUUAUUGAUAUUGUGUGUGUGCUGGACACAAGGAUUCACCGAUUUUAUCAUGUUGACGAAUUAAUUUUAGUUUGCAGGAUUGUUCAUGUUAAAUUUAUGAUCAUGUCAUGUUAUUGUGUCAUAUGGACAGUUUUUGGAAUGUUUUGCGACUGCUAAUGCAUAAUAAAUCAACCGUGUGAUUGCUUAAUUGUACUAUUUUGUAGUGACCAAUUUUAUCGUUAGAAAAUAAAAAAAUGUAAAAUUGAUAAUUUUAAUGUAAUUUUUAUAUACAAUAAAUAGACGAUUUUGUACAAA